AUGGAGACUGCACACUCAACUGUGGCCAACCGUUACUCGACGUUCAGGCCUGCUCUCUUUCAGGGUAUACGAUCUGAUCACUCUUCCUUCUCUGUUUUGCGUUCUUGUCGGUGCCUACCGCUCUACUUGUUUGUAAUUUUUGCUUGCAAUUUCGUGCAACAUUCCCAAGGCGACUCGGUCCCACAGCAACCAGUUCCAACAUGCAGCCCUAGUGCAUCGCCCCUGUCGUUGAAUCUCACCACAACCAAAAAAGUGGUGAAAUUCAAAUGUGACGAAGGACUGGAGCUGCACAAAAAGCCAACUGAAGAUGGGAAACUCUGUGGGAAUAUCGCUUGCACAAAGGAAAUAGAUGCAUCUGCAUUCACCUUCACACCACAAUCACAGGGAGCCAAGAACAACUCUACCCCAGAUACAGAGUACAGCCUCGGAGUGAAAGGCAAUCUUCCAACGACUCCCCUCACAGUAUACUUUUCAUGCGAUCCCAAAUCUGCAGCAGGCGGUGGGGGGUCCGCCCGUGUUGAAGCGUCAGAAUCUAAUAAACCUUGCGUAGUUCAGGUGUCUGUUUUCUCUCAAAAGCCGACGCCAGUUCCUGAUGCAAAUAAGUGCAAGGACGGACAGGUCGCUUUAGCAAUCACCUCUACCACGAAAUCGGUCACUUUCGGAUGUAACGAAAGUGCAACUCUUGAGCCCAGGUUUUUCGAGCAUGUGUUCAUUGAGGAACAAAGCCAGAGUAGUCGCGCAGCAGCCACCCUUGAAGCGAAGGAGGUUGUCUUGCAGGCGCUUGUCCCGAAUAGUAGUCUGGUCGAGAAUGCAGCUGGCACGACGGCAACAGCAGUUGGUUAUACAUUGUCUUGCCCAAAUUUGCCUUCGUCUGCCCAAACGUUCUUUUACAAAUGCGUUCCCCCAAAUCCACCGUCAGGCGGCAGCGGGCGCACGGGAACCCCAGAGGGAUGUAAAGUUCUCAUCAGCGUUGAAAAAAGACCAGAUUCGGACGCGACUGCGACGCCGGCACCUUCGGGUGGUGAACGAGGGAUCGUUCUGAGCAGCAGCUUUAUGAUUGUGUCCAUUUCAUUGGUGACGACGGCGACAGGGAAAUUAUUCUAA